AAGAGAGCUCUGUUUUGUUUGUGCGAGAUAAAGGUUCUCCAGUUGUGAUCACUUUUGCUCUUUUCUGAUAGCACUUUAUCACAUUUUUGUUAAUGCUGAUCGGGGUCUCAUGAGAAAAAUAGCGUUGACAGCAAAGUUCAAAAGUCCUUCGAGAUAGGCACUCUUAUUGUCAGCGCUGAUUAGCCGUGGCCGCUAUAAAUUCAGGUGUACGUGAUUUGGGCCAAGUUUCGCCGUUGUCAUCAUUAGUUGGAGGUUGGACCAGCCCUGCGCAAUCAUGGCAACGGACAGGAUAAAAACCAUUCAGCGACACUUGCUCGCGCCGAAUCUGUCCCUAAAACCAACUGCGGCUGUCGGCGGUCCCAGCGGACAAUUCCGUUACACCCUUGACAACCCGCUUCUGACCCCGCAGCAGAGGGAAUUUUAUGAGAUCAACGGAUUUAUUGUCAUUCCCAAUGUGGUUGAACCUGAACUUAUGGGGAUUUGCGCGCAAAGGUUUAUCGACCUGUGCGAAGGCAAAUUCGAUAAGGGAUCGAUGACAAUGAUGAAAGAUGUUUCUCUCAUGGAGAGAGGCGCCACAGGGCAAUUCUUGUACAACAAAGUGCAAGACAUUGCGUUUGACGAUGUUUUUUCAAAGUACAUCCUUCACGAAAGGUUGCUUGACUACGUGCAAUGUUUCACUGGUCCCAACAUCAUGGCCAUGCACACCAUGCUGAUCAACAAACCACCCGAUUCUGGAGCCAUGACCUCGCGCCACCCCCUCCACCAGGACCUCCACUACUUCCCCUUCAGGCCUGCUGAUAGGAUUGUCGCUGCUUGGACUGCUAUGGAACCUGUGACGGCCGACAACGGCUGCCUGGUCGUACUGCCAGGGUCACACCGCAAGGGCGUGCUCUAUCAGCACGAAUACCCUGAAUGGGAGGGAGGAGUGAACAAAUUCUAUCACGGAAUUCGUGGAUUUGAGGAUGAGCCUCUGCUGUUGUUGCCCAUGAACCCUGGUGACACCGUUUUCUUCCACCCACUUAUUAUUCACGGAUCUGGUGCCAAUGUUACCAAGGGAUUCCGUAAGGCCAUAUCUUGCCACUACGCAGCUGCAGAGUGCGAAUAUAUUGAUGUGAAAGGAACAUCUCAAGAGAAUAUUGCAGUCGAAAUUGAAAGUCUGCUUAAGAAGAGAGGACUGGAGGCCGAUUACAACUCUCUUUGGCACUACCGUAGCCGCCUCGCCAGAGGAGUGUCUGUCAACCUGUGAUUUUGUUCCAACAGUCCAACCUAUUUUUAUAUCCUGAUUUCACUGUUACCUUAUUGUCACUAUGGCUGUGGAGAUUAUUUUAAAACGAUGCUUGUACGAAAAUUGACAAAAA